AUGGCCGACCGGUAUGCGGACCAGCCCGAGCUCCUAGCGCAUCUACCAGCCGAGAACAAGAUCAAGAACCGAAAGGCAGUCGUCAUGGGCAACAUUGCCCAGCAACAGAAGGUGGAGAACUUUUCCGAUCUUGCUGCGUGGGCGAGUACGACACAAGAGGCAUUUUUCCGAUCCGGGGCAUUUGGCAGGGUCAACGCCGAGCGAGAGUUUGCCAAGGAACCUGCCGGUCACAAGAACGGCAUCCUCGUGUUGAGCGCUUUUGGAGGCAUCUACAAGUGGCCGGUGGUCUUCGAACAUGGCGCUAACGAAUUUCUCGAAUGCGAAGAAUUCGCCCAGCUCAUCGCGCCUUCCAGACAAUCAGGGCUGGAUGUCACUUGCAGCGCCGAAUCGAGUCAGUCCCCGGUUGUCGCUGAUGAGGUCGUCGCUGAAGAGAGCUAA